AUGGAAUCUACAUCUACGAGCACAUCUGCGAAGGUAAGUUAUAUUGUUCAUAAAUGUAUGAUAGUGUGCUGUAGAUUUUGUUAACUUGUAGAUUAUAGAUUGUGUCAGUCUAAAUCGUAAAUAGUAGCCUGUUUAGUGCUUGAGCUUGUUUGAGAUUCUUCCAUUUCGAAACUAAGUGUGUUAGCGCCUUAAUGCCCACGUAUAUGAGUCAUCGGUGUGGAAUUUUGCGGUCGAAAUUAUCCAAACUAUCGUGUUGUCAAGCUUUGACUAGUUUUUAAACAGCAACAUUCACACUUUAUAUAUUUCAAAUAGACGAAUCUGUCAUUCAAGAAAAUGUAUCAAACCAUUUUGUUACAGAAAAAGAAUUACAGGAUUUAUUGUAAUUUAAGAUUUAUGAAACAAGCACAAAUCAGAUCAUGCAUGUGCCCGGGUGUUGCUUAAAAAUUGGCGUUAAUAUCUUUCUGGGCAGAUAGCUAAACUAUAAAUGUUUUGUGCAGGUACAGGUACAACCAUCAAUCACAGGAUGCGUAAACAAAUACACGGAAGAAGCUUAUCGGAAACUAAUGAAAUGCGCUUAUGAGAUGGCUAUGGAACCAACAAUGGCGCAUCGUCACUUCGGUGUUCUUGUAAAGUGCGUGAAAGCGAACGGUGUUCGUUUGAUUGAACGAAAGGAAGAUGGAAGAAGCGGUCGUGAAUUUGUGCAUUGCAUCGCAGAGGCUGUUCGAGAAAAAUCUGCUUUAAUCCUGGGCAGUGUCGACUUUUUUUCAAUUUUAAGUGACGGGAGCCAAGCUCGAAAGCCGAGAAAGAACUCGUUUUGA